ACUCGACGAUAUAUUUAAGAUGACACAUGGCAUAAGAAUGAAGAAACGAGUUAUCUUACUGCACGUAAUAAAUGCCAUUAAUAAGAACGUUCGGAUUUAUCAAUAGAAACGGCUUUCUCGCGAAGAUCGGUAUUAGUUGGUUCGCAAGGUCGGCAUGAUUGAGCUGUGUGUGUCGUAUGAUACAAAUUAUUCUUCCCCGCGUCAUCAAGUUAAUUCACAAUACCACCGAAGUGACGACAGAACAUACGCACGAGAUAAUAUGCGUUCUUCCAGCUGCGUGGUGUUUUUUUUUUUCGAUUUCAAGCAACAGAGUCAAUAAGCGCUAUCAGAAGUGAUGAUAGAUCAAUGAUUGACUUUCUUGAAAACGAGAAGUAAGGAGAAAAGUCACAGGACCUUUAAAUUGAGUUUAAAUCAAAAGCCUUUCUCAUUCAUCUUAUAUACGAAAGAAGAAUUCAACCGAAACAAUUAAAAAAGAAUCAUCAAGUUUCUGUUGUCAAUAACAAUUACCAAGAGAUUUCAGAAUAUUUAAAAUGAAACAAAACAUUGGAAAAACGUUAGGUAUAGAAAAAAAUGAUAACGUGAUGCACUGUAUAUCUUGAAAGGGACAUAGAUAUUUAUGAAAAAGAAAAGAAAAAAAGAUAAAAUGAUCGAGAAGGUGGGGGAGAACGUGGACACUAUAUGCUGCUGGCUUUCAGCAUCAGUGAUGUACGCUGCAUUACAUACACGCAUCAACUGUGCCAAUGUGGGGUAAGUAGUUAUCCAAUUGACAGUGCCCCCGUCUGACAUACAUAGUUCGGUCACGACGGCGGGAACAGGAGGAUCCUACGUCUCCUCCGAUGAAUACAUAGCCGACAGUGCGACAGCGAGAGUAGUUUCCUCGAAAUUGCCAUCGUGUUUCUUCGUUCUGUAUCUUCGAAAUCGCGUCGACGUCAUCGCAUGUGUCUCUGACGGAAUUUUCACGUUACCUUAUAAUUGAAAGAUAGUAUAUAAGAACCGACUGGUCGACUGGUCGUGUAUUGUGACAUAGAGAUAAUGUCGGGCCGAUCAGCGUGUUUAGAUGAUGGGUGUUUUAUCUGCGGUGAAAUAAACUCGGACACAGUUGACGAUUAUCAGUGAGACGGACAAUUUUGAAGAUUUUGUUGAAUACGUGGUCGUCGAUUUUCGACGGAAGAAGAAGGGCACGAAAAGAGAGGAGACUUCAACGAUUGACGAGAUUCCAACUCGCGCAUCCUGCGGAGUAUCCACGAUUGAGAUGCCAUUGGGCUGACACCCAAUGCUAUGGCAGCUGAUCUUUACGCGAAUGGCUCUGUGAAGUCAACGUCCGCCAGGGCCGUACGCAGCAUGGGGCAGCACAAAUCGGGCACCCUGGGUGCCGUGGCGCCUAUAUCGACAGAGGAGGAGCAGCUGAAGUUUCAAGACAGCAGAUUUCUGACGACUUUGGUCGGCAGAAGUAGGAGAAUCUCGCCGGACAUAUUGCCGUCGUGCUCGCCCGGCGUGUUUCGCCAAAAAUCGUUCCGCUCAUCCACGCCGCCACCGAAGAAGGUGCCAAUACCUUCACCGGCAUUUUCGACAGCAGCGAUAACGACAGCAACGACAAGACCCAUCUCGCAAAAUAGCCGGGACUCAUCUGCGGCCGCGGCGAACGAUCGCUGCGCUCCUCGCGCGGCCACCCCUACUGUCACUACCGUCCCCACCCCCGUGUCAGCUGUUCCACCACGUGACAGCGUUUCGCGGACCGUCGUCGGCGCUUCUCUGACGUCGUUGACGUCGUCGCGGGGCGCCCGAGCAGCCAGCAAGCAGACGCGCCUCGGUCCGGUACUGGCCAGUAAAAUGGCGUCCGCGAGCACCUCCACGGUCGUGCAGGGCUGGCCGAAUACCAAGGACGAUUACGAGCUCAAGGAGGUUAUCGGGGUUGGAGCGACCGCCGUGGUGCAUGCAGCAUUUUGUAUUCCGCGACAAGAGAAAUGCGCAAUCAAAAGAAUAAAUUUAGAAAAAUGGAAUACAAACAUGGACGAACUAUUGAAAGAGAUACAGGCGAUGUCUUCUUGCAACCACGAAAACGUCGUAACUUAUUACACAUCAUUCGUGGUAAAAGAAGAACUCUGGCUGGUUCUGAGAUUAUUAGAAGGUGGAUCCUUGCUGGAUAUCAUCAAGCAUAAGACUAGGACUACCAAUUGCAAGCAUGGAGUAUUUGACGAAGCUACCAUAGCCACGGUACUUCGAGAAGUACUCAAAGGGCUUGAAUAUUUCCACAGCAAUGGACAGAUUCACAGGGACAUAAAAGCGGGUAAUAUCCUACUAGGCGAGGAUGGCACGGUGCAGAUCGCCGAUUUCGGUGUCAGCGCAUGGCUCGCAACCGGACGCGACCUGAGUCGGCAGAAAGUCCGGCACACCUUCGUCGGUACACCGUGUUGGAUGGCGCCCGAGGUCAUGGAGCAGGUGAGAGAGGACCAUGGCUACGAUUUUAAGGCUGAUAUAUGGUCACUUGGCAUCACGGCGAUCGAGAUGGCCAGCGGCACGGCACCGUACCACAAAUAUCCCCCGAUGAAGGUCUUGAUGCUGACGUUGCAAAAUGAUCCGCCCACUCUGGAUACCGCCGCGGAUGACAAAGAUCAGUAUAAGGCGUAUGGGAAAACAUUCCGAAAAAUGAUCAUCGAUUGUUUACAAAAGGAUCCUACCAAGAGACCGACAGCCACCGAGUUGUUGAAACAUCCUUUUUUCAAAAAAGCUAAAGAUAAGAAAUAUCUGCAACAAACGUUGGUGGCAAUUGGACCUAGUUUAGAAACGCGUGUACAAAAGGCAUCAAAAAGACAACCCGGUACAUCGGGUCGUUUGCACCGAACGGUGACCGGAGAAUGGGUCUGGUCGUCAGAGGAAGAAGAUAGUGGCGGAUCGAGCGGUGACGAAGGCGCCAAAGAAACGUUGCCGGUCAACACGAUUGAAAAGGCUAGCAGUGACGAAGACGCCGGCGAACCCGACGAAUACUAUGGUCAAAUCAAGGUAGCACCGAGUCAAGUCGCGAUACCAGCUACUGAGCAAAAUGUUCCUAUAAAUUUGGUACUCAGAUUACGAAAUGAAAGACGAGAGCUUAACGACAUUAGGUUCGAAUUCACCGUCGGAGUGGACUCGGCGCAAGGAAUCGCAGCGGAACUCGUCGCUGCAGGUCUAGUCGAUGGUAAGGAUGUUGUGGUGAUAGCAGCGAAUCUGAAAAAAUUGAUAGAAAGUGGAGGACAAUUACGGACAGUUACAUUUUCCUUGAAUUCGGGCUAUGCGGUGAACGAAAUACCAGAUGACAAGGCGUUAAUAGGAUUUGCUCAGAUCUCUCUCACUGAUUGAACAAUUUCGAUUACCGUAUAACUUCAUUUCUGAACUCUCAGGAUAAUGUUCUUAAUUGAUGCACAUUCACCAUCUGUUAAGAUCCAGAGAGUAUCAAAAGCUAACGACGAAUCAGCUAGAUAUUAUUUUCGAGAUAAAUUAUAUCAUAGAUGGUAAAAAAGAAGUUUGGAACACAUAUACAGAAACACAUGUAAGUUUGUUUCAUCGUUGAAUAUUUGCAAGUUUAGCUUUUGACACUUUCGUUUCUUUCAGACAAUUUUAACAAUUAAAACGUUAGUUGCAGAAUGUAGGUAAUCGAAAUAGAUAUUUGUUACAACACAUCAGUAGUAACAAACUGUGCUCAAGCGUGUCUGAUAACAUCAUCAGUGUUCAUAUGCGGAGGCAAUCAUAAACGGGGCAGAUAAAAAUAUUAUCAUUCACAUACUGGCUUAAAAGCAUACACUUACUCUAAUCAAUAAUGGCUGUAGUUUUACAUAACCGAAUUGUAUCAUUCGUAUUGCAUCAGUCUAUGUAAAUAUUAGCAUUCAAUCAUUUGUUGUUUUCAGUUUUCUUCUUUAUGAUUAAUGUAUCAAAUGGGAUAAAGAGAUACAUACUGUGAAAUGCGAUAUUUCAUAUAAGCGAACUUAGAGGAUCAAAGAGAACGCUUGAUAAUCUAAUUUAUUUGCCCGAAAUAUAAGCUGUUUCUCUUGAAUAGUAAAGCUUUAGUUACAUAAAGAAAAAAUUUGUUUGUGCUGAGAACAUAGAAUCAUGUCCAUGUUUCAUGUACAGAUUAUCCGUGUAUAUCUUAUGCUUUAUGCUAGGAAAAAGAUAUAGAGAAUGUUGGAAUAAAAUAAAACUCUUUUGUACUUAAUUAAAUAGACUUACGAUAGCAAAUUAAUAUUUUCACAGUUUUUAGACGUAGCGAGAUAGAGAGAUCGAAAAAUUUUUACCUCGUACGUCUCGAAAAUGUUUAAUCAAUCUCUUUAUAAAAUUUAUUAGAAAAAAAUGGAUAAAAUCAGAAUCACAUACAACAACAGUUUAACGCAAUCUAUACUUUACGGUUUCACAUAUACAGUGUUCAUCAUUUCUACAUUCUUGUAUCUACUGGAAAUUGUAAGGAUAUAUAUUUGCGAUGUUUUUAUCAUUUCUUAUAUUUACAAAUUGUAAAAGUUGAGUUUUAUGACAAAAAGAUAAAUAAUUAU